AUCGCCAGCAUGUCGGGCAAGCUGAAGGCCAUGUUCCUGCCGCCCAUGACGCUGCCGCCGCACGGGGCCGGGACUGGCGGAGUGGCGACUUCCUGA